CAGCUACUAAAAUUGUGCAAGCCACUUCAAAAAUUCUUGCAGGGCUGUUUUGAUGUUAAGAUCUGCUACUUAGCUGAAUGUAUUAUUUUCCUGUAUUACCAUCAGACAGAAGAUGGGCAUAAACUACCUUAAUCUUGAGCAUUUUUAUUUCACAAACAUGAAAGUUAUAGGGCUGUUUGUUGUUGCUUUUAAUUCCAACCUGCCAUUUGCUGCAGCUUUAUUUUUCUUCUAGGAGAGACUUUCUGCUACAGUUUCUCUCAUUAUUGGAAAACACACGCUUUUAUUCAUAAAACCAAUUCUGUAUAUCCUUUUCCCACCAAAACUGCCAAGUCUACAGUAAUAGAACUAAGCCUACAAAACCAUAAACAACACAAGAAAACUUGUAAAAGUCAAGCUAAUAGAAGACAUCUAUUAAAAGCACAAACCUACAAACAGCUAAACAUAGACAUGCUGUUCCUGUGUAUCAUUACUUUCCUCCAUGCAAAAGGCAGGGAACCAGCUAGCUUUGUUUAUUCAAACAACAGUGUGCAGGAAACUGCCCUAAGUCUGAGGCUUGUAAAUUGAAGCUGAAAACUGUGUGUGUACACAUGUUAAAGCACCCAGGGAAUUUUUCAACUCAUUUUACAAGGUGUUUGUGAAAUUUCAUUAUCCAGUGUAAACAGUCAUUGAACAUGAAAGAAAAGUGCAACCUUAGAAAAAUCAGUGAAAUCAAGGCUAAAAUUGUUGUACACUGCAAAAACAAACUUCCGCUCUGAAAGCCAAAUCCUCCAAACUGGAGAGGCUGGCAAAGCUACUCCUUGCAGCUGUAAGCUACACCCCACCCCCUAGUUAGGAACUAACUUUGCUAAACUUAAGGAGAGCCUACAAGGAAAGAAAUCCCUUUUAAGGAAGCAUUUCAUGAAAGUCAAGUGCUGCUAUUGUACAUGCCCAUUCCAUUCCCUUGUAGAAACAGAACAAGAGGUUCAUGCAUGCAUGUUUCUUUUCCUUUUGCUGUUCUUAGCUUCUGCAGCAGUUGUUCGCUAAAAAUAAACACCAUUCCACAACCAUAUAUGUGCAACAGCCUUCUGGUGAUUCUGAGCCCCCUCCAGCACUGCAGUUAUUCCGCAAGGCCAGGAGACUGUCGUCUUUCUCGCACGCUCUGACGGGCUAUGCAUAUAACCCAGCUGAAUCGGGAAUGCCUUUUACAUCUAUUUUCUUUUCUGGACAAAAAUAGUAGGAAGAGUUUAGCAAAAACAUGUCACAAGUUGCUGGAAGUGUUUCAGGAUCCUUUACUGUGGUCUUUGUUACACUUUCAUUCUCCAGCGGAACUAAAGAAGGAUAAUUUUCUCCUGGGACCUGCUUUAAAAUACUUAUCCAUCUGCUGGUAUUCAGAGAGAGUCAAGGUGUGUAACAUUGAGGACUGGAUGAAAAACAAUUUCCAGAAAGACUUCUGUAACAGGCAUGAAAACACUGUCAAUGAUUUUUUACUAGAAGUUUGCAACAGAUGUCCAAACCUGCUAUCUCUGACCCUCUCUGGAUGCGGCCAUGUUACAGACGAUUGCAUCUUGCUUCUGCUCAAGAACUGCCCAAACCUCAAGACGCUUGAACUGGAAAACUGUGUGCGGAUCACUGACCAGACACUAGAAGCAGUGACCCUCUAUGGGGGAUCACUGCAAACGCUCCAUGUGGAUUUCUGCCGGAACAUAACACAAACUGGUCUAGAGAGAGUCAGGGAAAAAUGUCCUUCGGUAAUGCUCAGAGCAGAGAGGAGUGCUAACAUGAUUCCAGACAAUAAGCCAGAAAAAAAGUUGAUGCUUGAAAAAGCAUCAAGACAAUGGGUUCAGCUUUAAGUGCAACAAAUUGUAUAAACUCAGUCAAUGUGGGUUAUUUUAGUUCCACUCUCCUCUUGGGUAGCAUUGCUUCAACGAACUGUGGCUACUUUCCUGUAUUCUGGUUUAAGUCCAAACACAUGGUUGAUAUGUUUUGUAAAGGCUGCACUGGGAAAAGGCAUAGAUCUCCACCAGGACAGUCUUAGGAGAAAAAACCUGUUCGCUUUCUGUUGUUCCCUGAAAGUGGGAAUCCCUGCAUUGCUGUCACAAAAUGCUAGACCUGAUUAAGGCUGAAAACUGCAAUUUUGAUACCCUCUUGUCACAGAUGAGUGGAAUGCAACCUACUCAAAAGAGAGAAGUAGCAGUAUGUUUUAUUGAGGUAAAAUAAUAAUUUGACAGAUUUCAAUAAAUUUGAUGGAAUUUAACAGUUUAACAGUGGUUUGACAAGGUUCAGUAACUUUGAGGGCAAGGUUCACCUUAUUAAUUACUGCAUGGAAGAAACAUACAAAGGAAAAUUGAGUUAGAACUGAGUUAGAAUGAUUCACACAGACACCAGAGAUGCAAAGAAUAAGGGAGACCCUCCCGUCGAGUCACAAGGUUCAGAGUGGACCCCCUUGCUUUCUAAACUCUAUAGAGCCUAGGUGCGGCUGGAUCCAAUCUUAGACUUGGUCAAUGGUUUGAGUCUAACGGAAGAGAUACGAAGAGUAAGGAGGACCCUCCUGUUGAGUCACAAGGUUCAGAGUGGGCGCUCUUGCUUUCUAAACUCCUCAUGUAAUGGGAAAGGGCACGAAGCCACAGCAGAUAGAGCUUGGGUAACUGUAUGAUUUACACAAAUUUCAGGGAAGGAGUGAUAAAUUUCUGUUAUAGGAUAUAUCCGUAUGGUCGUUCCAUCCACUAAGGGUGGUAACCACACCAUGUAAGAUCCUCCUAGCAAAAGCACAGUACCUGACAACCAUCACUUCCUCAGUGAUUAACAUUUGUAGCUGAUUUGUCAGGCUUAUUUAUUAAAUGAGGGAUGCAUGGCAAUACAUGCAAAACACAGUUUGACCCUCUGCGUAAUGUACGUCGACAAGAUACACCAAGUUAUUUUUUAAAGUUGACACUAAAAGAAGCACAAUAUGAACUAGCUGACAGUACUAACCCACAGGAAAAGACAGUGACUUACAACCCAUAGCUUUGAACACUGAAUUAGGAACACACUACAAUAGAGAUCUUUAUGAAUACCUGUUUCUCACUGCAAAGAAAAAAAAAAAAAUAGCAAUUUUCAUCCCAAACCACAAGGCUGUCACUUUCCUGCAUGCUGCUCUGCUACAUGGAAGGGAAACCUUUUUUUUUCUUCUUCUUUUUUAUGAAGGGUUGCUAUGGCAUCAUCUACAAAAUUUGACACCAAAGGUUGGCACAGUUUUAUUCUGCUGUAUAAAAUCUGCCUUGAUACAACACACGGCGAUUUGGUCAUGGUAUCAAGUACUCGGGACUGGUAACAUCACAUUUCAAAACUCUUUAUGCACUUACAGAUUUUUGCGUGAGGAAAGGUAAACAUUUCUGAGUGCCACCUUACUGUGUCAACUGUACUGCAGUAACCUGUCAAAAGUUUUAUUUGUCGAGUCUGUUUCAGUAUAACAAUACAGAAAAAUCACUGUGAUCAUCCAGUUUGAAUUACUCAGGUUUUUGUUUGAACUACAGCAUGCUUUUUUAAAAAGCACCCCAUCUCAAACUUUGUGCUUUACUCUAUGUGGGAGCAUGUCCUCAAGUUCUGCUUUACGUUAUUUUUCAUUUUGGUCAGCAAUAUGAAGUCAGAAUUCUGACUCCUAGAGAGCACACCAUAAUAUAUAAUCCUGCCCAUUCUUGCUGACUCUGCAGCUGAACUUGUAUUUACCUUAAAUCUCUCUCCCAUUCAAUACAAUCCACUGAAGAACUUUACACUUACUAAGAAUGACAGCUAGUUAAAUCUGGCUAUCGGUAACUUAGUUUCCCCUAGAGGACCAGAUGUCAGUUCAGCUUAGCUGUCAAACAGAAGGCUGCAUACAGACCAGUUUGACAAACUAUGGAUCCUGAACAGUUCCAGCUUAAAUCACAAUGAAGUCUACCGCAGUUUAAAUUUAAUUUUAAAUUAAAACCUUACACAGAGUAGGAAUACCUGAGUGUGCAUGUCCUUAAAAUUCAAGCAAAUUUAGAAAUACUAACUUUUGGAAAUACUGUUCUGUCGCAUAAAGACAGUCAAGAUUUCUGUUCCAUUACAUAACGAUUAUUCAAGACUUUGUCACUACAGCAAUCUAUGUGCAUAUACCAUAGUAAGCCUGUUUCUCAUUUACAUGAG